AUGUAUCGCUACUCUCGCUUGAUUCGCUGCGCCGCGCAGCCUGUGGUGAAGACGCUUCAAGUUGGUCACGUGGUCACGUUAACGAUCAAUCGUCCUUCCCAACUCAAUGCCCUCAACAGGGCCGUGUCGGAGAGCCUCAUGGAAAACUUGGAAAAGUACGACAAGGACACCUCGUGUUCCGUCUUCAUCAUCACAGGCGAGGGUCGCGCGUUCGUCGCAGGGGCCGACAUCAAAUCUAUGAAGGAUCGCACCUUUUCCGAGGGCGUCCAGUCAAACGACUUCUCAGCAUUGACCCGCAUGAACACCAUUAGCAAGCCUAUCAUUGCGGCAGUCAAUGGGUUCGCUCUGGGUGGAGGGUGUGAGCUUGCCAUGUCGUGUGACAUCAUUAUCGCCAGCGAGGGGGCGAAGUUCGGACAGCCCGAGAUUAAAUUGGCUACCAUUCCCGGACUGGGCGGCACGCAACGUCUGACACGCAUGAUUGGUAAGGCUCGUGCGAUGGAGUGGGUACUCUUGGGCAACACGUACACGGCGGCCGAGGCAGAGCGAGCGGGGCUCGUGUCGUGCGUGGUUAAACACGAGGAGCUGAUGCCAACCGCUAUGAAGAUGGCGAAUACGAUCGCAAGCUACAGCCAGGUUGCUGUGAAGCUGGCCAAAAUGGCUGUGAACCAGUCGCAGGAGACAUCACUCGCGGCUGGCUUGGCAUACGAGUCUAUGAUUUUCAAUUCUACCUUCGCUACCCACGACAGGAAGGAGGGCAUGACUGCGUUUGUGGAAAAGCGCGCACCUCAGUUCCGAAACAAGUAA